CCGGCGGGCUGUACAGCGGCGGCGGCCACGGCCGGGCGCCCCGACGGGAGGGGCUCCGGGUCGUUCGGAGGCGGGCGGACCUCGGCGUCGCCGCCGCCGGCGGUGGCCCGAUGAAUCGGGGCACCAUGCCCCAGCCCGGAUCGUGGCCGGGCGCGAGCUGCGCCGAGAAGCCGGCGCGGGAGGCGGGGGCCGCGUCCCCGGGCCCCGCGAGAGCCGCGGCGCGGGAGGGCGGGAAGGCGGCGGCCGGCGGGCAGCCGCGGACCGCGGCGCGGUGCCCAGCCGAGCAUGAGGAGGACAUGUAUCGUGCCGCGGAUGAAAUAGAAAAGGACAAAGAAUUACUUAUACAUGAAAGAGGGUUAUCAGAAGCCAGAUUAAGUGUAGCUCCUGAAAUGGACAUCAUGGACUACUGCAAAAAAGAAUGGAGGGGAAAUACACAGAAAGCCACAUGUAUGAAAAAGGGCUACGAGGAGGUGUCGCAGAAGUUCACCUCCAUAAGGCGAGUCCGUGGAGAUAAUUACUGUGCGCUGAGGGCCACCCUGUUCCAGGCGAUGAGCCAGCCGGCGGCGCUGCCGUCCUGGCUGCAGGACCCGGAGCUCACGCUGUUACCGGAAAAACUCAUAAGCAAAUACAACUGGAUCAAGCAGUGGAAACUUGGGCUGAAAUUUGAGGGGAAGAGCGAGGACCUGGUUGACAGAAUUAAGGAGUCCCUCAUGCUGCUCAGGAAGAAGUGGGCAGGCCUGGCGGAACUAAGAAGUGCCGAAGCAAGGCAAAUAGCUUGUGAUGAACUGUUCACAAACGAGGAAGAGGAAUAUAGCCUCUAUGAAGCUGUAAAAUUUCUAAUGCUAAACAGAGCCAUUGAACUAUAUGAUGAUAAAGAGAAGGGAAAGGAAGUACCAUUUUUCUCUGUGCUUCUGUUUGCUCGGGACACAUCGAAUGAUCCUGGACAGCUGCUAAGGAACCAUCUAAACCAGGUGGGACACACUGGUGGCCUUGAACAGGUGGAAAUGUUCCUCCUGGCCUAUGCCGUGCGCCACACCAUUCGGGUGUACCGGCUCUCCAAGUACAGCACCGAAGAGUUCAUCACGGUCUACCCCACCGACCCGCCCCUGGACUGGCCGGUGGUGACCCUGAUUGCUGAGGACGAUCGGCACUACAACAUCCCCGUCAGAGUGUGCGAGGAGACGAGUCUGUGAGACACGCACCUGGACAGCCUGGCCCCACGGCCAAGGUGCACCGGCCGCUCCGUGCCGCGGCCCUCGGUCUCAGGAUGACCCGCAGGACCUGUUGGGGCCUGAGAGCCAUGCCGGCUGGGGCUGUUCUGAAGACAGCUUUUGAUAAUAAGAAUUAACUAAGUGUUUUCCCUCACCUUUGAUGCAACAUGUCUCACUGGGGGCCUUCAGAGUACUUCUUUUGGAAGGUACAGAUGACAUCUUCUCCAUGAUGCAGAUCUUUUGUACCACAGGAGAGGAGUAUGUUCUUUACGUCUCAAAAAUCAGACUCUCGAAUGUGAACUUGCCCUCAGUUUUUUCUUAAGAUGGUCAUUUUUUUGUUUUGGUGGCGACGGGCCUCUGGAGUGGCUGUCCUGUGCCGUGCGGCGUAAGUGGUGUAGCUCGAGGCGGAGCCCGCGGCUGGCGCAGCCACAGCACCCUCUGCCGGCCUUGCUGAGCAGUGGUUUGGACGUACGUGUUCAUUAAAGCCGUCCUAAGCAAACUGUCCCCUAGAAGAUUAAACACUGGGUCCAAAAAAGGUAUUUAAGGCUGGAGAAGGAGCCGCAGGAGGGAUGUGUGGCACAUCCCUCCUGACUCUGAGCGUGCGGCAGUGCCUGCGGGCACCGGGUCCGGUGCUUCGUGCACGGGGGGCGCUCUCGGCUGGGUGAGCUCUAGCGUCGGGCCGCUGAUUACCCUCCACUUCGCAGACGCACCAUUUUAUAGUCAGAACAGAGCUGAGAUCCAUCUGCCUUUUUAGAGCAGGAAACCGAGGCCAGCUGACGGCAGGCACUCGUCUGAGGUCAGGGGUGAGUGGGCGCCGGAUCUCGAUACCCCCGUGUGCCCUUUCCGGGGCAUGGUUUUGAGGCUGUUUCUGCUGCCAAAUUCGAGUGCCUGCCGGGAGCUGGGCAACGACAGCAAAGCCUCCGGCAGUUUUCAUGAGUGAGAUUCAGUAGAAGCAUGUACUAAAACCGUGUGCCGAAGUAUGGCUGCUGCGACUUGGUUUGGGAAGCCUCUGGGAGGCGGUGAUGCUUCUGGCCCUGAGCCAUAGCCUGCACUGAGGCCUGGGUGGCGACCGGGGUGGGGUCGGGCCUGGCUGCAGGCGGUGAGGGUCCGAGUUAUCCACACGGGGCGUGGGCUGUGCACCUUUGUACGUGGGACCAGACACCUCACGGUAGUGCUGUACCGGCAUUUGUGGAGGUAGUGUUACCUGAGGUACCGAGCUUUAUUUUAUAGAAAUUACAAACUCUAUUUGGUUCAAUUUAACAUAGUUAAUAAGCUAUCAAAUAUCUUUUGGGAGUGGCAAACCUUUGAAAAUUUAAGUUUUGCUUUAUACUUAAAAAUUAAAAUUCUCAUGAGAAAACUCAGAGGACACACAACUAUGCAGACUGUUACAUUAAGAGUUCCACAUUACUUCGUCAGUAACAUACACCACGUUUUCGUAAGUGUUUAUUCAUUAGAGUGUUUGAAUCAAGUUCUAUUCUGAGUGUGUGUGAAAGUGUUGGAGAGGCUUCGUGGUUUUCACUGUGAAAUGGAAUGGUGCCUUGAAUAAGGAGGUACCUAGAAGCCAAAUUAAAGUAACAAUAAUGACUUCUUA